UGAGUCGUUAGUCUCAUUUUCCUGUUUGAAACCCAUUCAAAAUGAACAUCUUCAAACGCUCCUUCCUUCUCGUCUCGGUACUUUUCCUGUCAUCCGUCCACGUCCUAUUCUUUCAGUCGUGCGUGCACGCCCAAGAAAGACUAACCACUCCGACGGAAAACAUCUUAAACACGGGACUAGGCGCGCUGAAUUUCCUCUGCGACAUGGAGAGGUUCGCACGGACCGCUCAACCGAAUAUGUCGCCUUCGCCGAAUUCCGUGUACGAUUUCAUCGUGGUGGGCGCUGGAACGGCUGGUGCAGCCGUGGCGUCCAGGCUGAGCGAGAUCAAGAGCGUCAAAGUUCUCCUGAUCGAGGCGGGUCCUGAGGAAAGCCUGCUCAUGGACAUCCCGCUGCUGGCGUCGUUCUUGCAACCGAUGGACGAGAUCAAUUGGAAGUACGAGACGGAGCCAUCCGACAAUUACUGCAUAGGACUCAAGCAACACAAAUGCCGAUGGCCCAGAGGUAAAGUGAUGGGCGGUAGCAGCGUUCUGAACUACAUGAUAGCCACCAGAGGCAACCCUCUGGACUACGAUCGCUGGGCCAAGAUGGGCAAUCCUGGCUGGGCUUACAAGGACGUUCUCAAAUACUUCAAGAAACUGGAGAACGUGCAAAUACCGGAUAUAAGGAAGGACAAGAAGUUCCGUGGUACGAAAGGCCCAGUGAGCCUGGACUACGCGCCUUAUCACACGCCGAUGUUGCCAGCGUUCCUGGAGGGCGGCCAGGAGCUCGGGUAUCCUCUGGUGGACUACAACGGGGAGAAACAGAUCGGAUUCUCGAAGAUACAGGCGACCAUGUACCGUGGAUAUCGUAUGAGCAGCAACAGAGCGUAUCUGACCGGGAGGAGCAUGCCAAAUCUUCACGUGACGAAGAUGAGCAUGGUGCACAGGAUAUUGAUCGAUAAAGAGACCAAACGAGCGGUGGGCGUUGUGUUCGUGAAAGACAAACGUCGUUACAAGGUGUACGCGAGAAAAGAAGUAAUUCUGUGCGCGGGAGCUAUCGGAUCUCCUCAGCUGUUGAUGCUGUCGGGUAUUGGGCCCGCUGAACACCUGACGAAACUUGGGAUCGAAGUGAUCAAAGACUCGAGAGUCGGCGAUAAUCUCAUGGACCACAUAGCCCACGGUGGAAUGACGUUCGCGAUCAACCUGACAGUUGGUAUAACUCUGAUGGAAUUGAUGGACAUUUCCAAGUCAUACACUAGUGACUUUCUCUUAGAGCACAAAGGGGUCUUGACGAUCAGUGGAGGCUGCGAAGGGAUCGCCUUCGUGGACGUGGACGAUCCGAAGAAACGCGACGGACUCCCAAACAUGGAACUGUUGGCUCUAGCCAGCUCUAGUUACGGGCAGAAAAUCACCAUGGACAAUUUCGGUCUCAAUGACGAAUUAGUGAACAAAUACGCGCAGUUUCUAAAUGUGCCUUCGUGGGGAGUGUUCCCGAUGCUACUGCGGCCGAAAAGUCGUGGCUGGAUAAGAUUGCGGUCUAAAGACGCGAACGUUAAGCCAAUAAUCGUGCCGAAUUAUUACAACGAACCGGAAGACAGGAGGGUCAUGGUGAAAGGGAUUAGAUUAGCUCUCCAGCUUAGCAGGACGAAAGCCAUGCAGAAAUAUGAAACAACAUUUUAUAAUAGGACGAUCACCGAGUGCGAGAAAUACCAGUUUGACUCGGAUGAUUAUUGGAUAUGCAACGCAAGGGCACACACGUUGACUAUUUAUCACUAUAGCGGUACUUGUAAAAUGGGCCCUCGGAGUGAUCCUACCGCUGUUGUCGAUCCAACUCUGAAGGUAAUCGGAAUUAAAGGACUGAGAGUAAUUGACGCUUCCAUAAUGCCGGACAUACCAUCGGCUCACACAAAUAUUCCAGUGUACGUGAUUGCUGAGAAAGGAUCCGACAUGAUUAAAGAAGAAUGGGGAUACCUGAAGAGUUGAUUAACAGACUGAUAAGGCAGCAUCAACAUGGAAACUAAGCUAAACAAACUACUUAUUUUGUUAUUUCCUCUCCUGGGAUUCUCAAGAUAACUCAAAUUGUAUAGCAAAUGAAAUCCCACCUUUUCCCGCCGUCCCUUUUGUAUAUUUCUGAUCUUUA